GUCACUGUGCAGAUAGGUCAGACCAUUUCAGCCAUGCCUGUGCCAGAGCACCCUGGCUGGUUGAUGGAUGCUGAGAGCAAGUUGUAUUUCCCAAUGAACCACCCAAACACUGGCGUCGCUGUUUUCAGCUUGGUUGGGAGUGGGCUGAAGACCUCGGCAAUUGGAAGGAGUCUGGAUGUGGAGCAAGGAAUGGGCAGCCAAGCGUUGAAGCCGGAAGAUGAUGCCACUUGUGAAAAGGUGGCCACGGGCUUGAGUCUUUGCUGUCCUAUUGUCGGUUGCGUGACAUUUUGUAUCAGCGCUGCGAACAACAAAGAGGGCUCGCAGAAAAGGAAAUGGGGCAACAUUGCCUGUGCAGUAGGUACUUGCUCUUUCCUUGCUGUGCUGGUGCUUCAAGUGUCCAGAAUGGGCUCGUUGUGA